UCAGUAUAGUAUUUCAUGUGGUUGUCAUGGUAACUGAGGCAAUAUGGCGGCUGAUAGUGUAUUACUUCAAAGCAAUCGAGGCAGAUUUGUCGGUGGAAAUUCACUUGGCCAUCUACAUAGAGGACAUGGCACUGUGGCGGCUUCGUCUUCGAUUCCAAGUAAAUAUCAAACAUUUGUUGUGGAUAACUCGGAAAAGAAAGGCUUUUUGUCCAGAGCUAAGAGAUUUCAAGAUCUAGGAUACGUUAAUGAAAACCCAGGACCAGGAACUUACAAAGAUCCUGUGUGUGCGAAAGAUGAACCAUCGCCGUCGUAUUCCAAACAUGGCACAGGGACGUUCGCUUCUAAGAAAGGAAGAUUUAACAGGGAUAAAAGGGAGUUUGCUCAGCCAGGUCCGGGGGAAUACGAACCAAGAAAGCUUCCAAGCAAAACAGAUUUUAACAAAGCAAGUGUCACAAGCAACUUUCAUUUGCCAAUCGCAAUACCACCAAGUGAGAGAAAACAGCGCCAAGCACCAGCUCCAAACUCAUACAAGAUAUCCAAAGCAACUGGCAGAGUAGUUCAUGAUAAUAAUGUGUCCGCGUACGCCGCUUUCAAGUCAAAUUCCAAAAGAGAAAGUUUUAUCAACAAGAAAAAUGCUUCUAAUGUUCCAUCACCAUGUCACUAUAAUGUUAAAGAAGACUUGAUCCAUAAAACAUCAUCUGGCGUCACAGCAUCAUUCAAAUCCACGACUAACCGUAAAAUGACGCGUACACCUGACCUCAGCCCAGGCCCCGCCUCUUACAAUCCUUAUCACGCGAAACACGCGAAACGAAAAGGUUAUAAAUUCCAACGUCAGCACUAUCUCAGUAUCUCGGCACCAGCGCUCGCUCUGCCUGACGUAGAACCGACGCCAGGGCCUGGACACUAUAACCUUGUCAAUUACGAAGGCGAAGGAAAGCGAUUCAUGUCCAGUUCCAUGUUUGUAUCAACAACAAGCCGAUGGAAUCCCACGUGGGAGGCUGAGAUGGAAAUACCCGGACCCACGUCCUAUCGUCCACGACAGGUCGGGAAACAGUCGUUUAUUUACAAUCCUUCAAGAAGGUGGAUUUCAUGAAGGUCAGCUGUAGAAGAAGUCUUGGUCGCACAAUAGAUUUGUAAAUAAAUAAUGAAACAUUGUAAAUAUAGAGUGUGGUAUUUUUUUACACGAGAGAUGAAAAAAAGAAGGAAUAAAUGAUGGAAGGAGGACCUUGGAAAAAAGGGCAUUUGAGUGAUGGGUAAUGGAGAAGAAAGUGAGACGAAAAGGUGGAAAGAAAUUGAAGAUAUUAAGAAGCUAUUUACUGGUUGAAUGACAGAGGAAACGACAGUUUAAGCUAGCAAUGAAAACUGAUAGAAAAGAGCAACUUUUUUCUGAGGAAUAAAUAUACCAUCAUCUCAAUAUGAGAAUGUAGGAAUGGAGUGAAGAACCAGAGUGGAUGGGAGUUAA